CCCACUUUACGCGCGAAGCACCCCCGGCAACCUGGACGCGAUCCGCGAAGCUUGGUGUUUUCCUUGGGCUGCUGCUGGAUUUGCGCUUUGUUCCGCUUUGUUCCCACAUCCCCUUUGGCUAUACACUUGUUCGUCGCUGUGCUGCGCGCGCAUCUCACCCACUCUUGCGGCUUCCUUUUCCUCUACGCGGCCACCCGAACCGUUUGAUUCCACACUCUCUGCGCGCGUGCAUCUCGUCUCUAUAGCUGUCGCAAACGCCUCGCCCAGCUCCCGAGACGGCUCCAGCGACUGCGCGCCUCCCUCUCUCGACUAUGGAUCAAUGACGGAACUGGGCAACCUGCCAACAGUACGCCGCUGAUGUCCCUCGACCGAUUGCCUUCAGAUGCGGACCAUCUCGUGGCACAUAUGCAACCGCAGAUCCAUCGACCUCCCUCGCCAUCCGACGACGACGAUGACCACUCUAGCAAUGCCAGCCGAGCGCCCUCAAGCCAAGACCCCUACUACUCCAACGAUGACAUCGCUACGCUGCAUGCAGUUGCCGCCGCCGCCCAGAAAUUGCUCGAUUCCUCUCCAGAACCAAAACCCUUGCCUGUCGCUGCUCUCUUCAAGGCAUACGAUGUUGUACUUCCUAGCUAUGGCAUCGACCCCGACACCGAUCACCACCUCUCCGCACUCCUCUUCAGAAUAAGCGGCGAGAAAGGCGAUGGCAGUCUGGUCGACAAGUUCCAGGCGAUCCUCAGUCGGAUGGGGAUUGUGCUCGAAUUCGGUGACCACACCUCUGGGUCAUCCCGGGCUUCUCCGCACACAUCCCCGGCAUUCUCUUCUUCCAGCCCGCAAGCAUAUGCCCGUCGGCGACGAGAGGCCGACGACCAAAUGACUGACGAGAUCGACUUCCCCAACCCGCCUAUUGUCCCAGCUACAACCUCACCUCGGGAAGCAGAUACAUCUUCCCACCCAAUAUCAGCCGAGAAUGAAGUCGCUCGACAGGCUGCUUUGUCUGCUGUUAUGGCGCGUUGGCGUGGGUUGGCUUUGAGACGAAGAGAACGACAGGCCCAGGAAGAGGCAUCCAGCAAGAUCACCACCGAGAAGGCGCCCCAAGUCAGCGAUGUAGGAAAGCCUCUUAGUCAGGAUCAUCUGGAUCAAGAGGAUCGCGACAUGCCGACUUCUGGUACCCGGGAGGAAGAACCAGAACCAGAACCAGAACCCCAAACUUCGAUCAAGCCAGCAAUCCUUGGUCAAAGCUCGCAUCACGAUUCCUUGCGUUCCUUGCUGGACCCUGCCCGCCUGCCUGGUAUCAGCCUUGAAGGCCUACCUAUUGAUCAGGCCCAAGGAGCUGAGGGUGCCGAAUGGCCAUUACAGUCCGAGGAGGGAGUACCUCAGGUUGAGCAGGCACACUUAGUCGAGCACCCCGAAAAUAGAGUGAUACAAGGAAUCUUUCCACCCGUUAUUUCCCAUGGACAGGAAGACGUUCCUCCAAGAAUCGCGCUGGAGGCAGACGCGACGGGAGAAAAUGAGGAACAAGAUCUGACGCAACGUCCUUUCACACCCACUGAGCAACCGAACGUUAGCCCUCCUCAUCAUACUCCUACUCAAACCCGGAAAGAAGCCAACACAGCCGAGCUAGAAGCGAGGCAUCAGAAACUCAUGAGACAGGCGAGUCGCGCUCGUGAGCUCUAUCUUGCAAGCAAAGUUUUUAACCACUGGGCUGAUCGUACUGCCCGCCGACUUGAACGAGAUGCCGUCGCAAGACGACAUAUGAUCCGAUUUCGUUGCUUUCGGACAUGGAGCCAAGCUCCAGCUUUCCGGGAACCUACAGCCAACCACAUGAGAAGCGCCUACACCGUCAAAAAGUGGCAACGCAUUGCAAUGCAAAACGAAAACCUCGAACGCAUCGCUAAGGAGGCUGCUGAAGCAUAUCGCCUGAAGACAAUGCAACGAGUGCUGAACCAGUGGUCAUAUCAUCGCCUUCAGCGCGUUGGUCGCGAUAUCACAGCCUUGCGGAGUAAGACCAAGGCGGUUUCAACCUGGAUGUCCUUGGUCUCUGCUACUUUGGUCCUCUCGGAAGCUACUACAACCCAGUCGAGACAUCGAUAUGAGCUCAGUGCUCUAACCAAGUGGCAGGGUCACACUGACCAGGAAUUGAAGCGAGCGGCUGCUUCUAGACGCAUUGGUAUUGUUCAGCAAUCUUUCACGUAUCUACAGGAGUGGUGGGACCAAACGGAAAUUCGACGGCGUGCUGCAGCCUAUCGUCAGUAUCUUUUGAUAAAAAGGGCGUGCUUUGCUUUUGAUCAGUGGAACCUGCAGGCAAGAGCUCAGGCAUUCAUUUGGCGGCGUGAGUAUGUCUCUGUCACUCGUGUAUUUGAGACAUGGUGCUCAAGCCUUGUUCAAACGGAAGAACUCCAGCGCAAAGCCAUCAGCUACUAUCGAAACCGAACACAGUCCAAGGUUCUACGAUGCAUGCGCCAUCUACACGAGGAAUCAUCACAAUUGUCGCACUUGGAGAGCCGAGCACGUCUUUACAUCAGGGGAACUCGCUUGCUGAGUGUUUUUAAUAAGGCAAUACAGCAACGUCGGGAUCAGGACAAGGAGCAUGUCAAGCGAUAUCUCAUGGCAAGAUACACCGAAAUGUCAUCCACGAGAAAGAAGCGAAAUUUCUUUGCUGCUCUUGAUAAAUGGAGGGCGUUCACACUUCAGGACCAGGGGCACACUCGAAUUGCUUCCGAGCUCAAAGCAAGAAACCAGUCCCAGCGGCAGAUGGCUUCAUUGCAACUGUGGAACGAACGGGCGGAGGUGGAGGGGAAACAUCUACGCGAAGCCCAGCUUCAUCACGUUCAAGGCUGGUUGGAGGUCUGGAGGGACCAUGCUGGAGAUCUUGAGCAGCGAGAUAUGGAAGCCUGGCAGCUGUGGGCAGUCGAAAGGCAGCGUAAUUGUUUGAAGGAAUGGUCGAUCUCAUCACUACAACAAAGCGGACAAGCGCAUACGGCCUCGGAGGUUCACAAAAAGCACAACCGAGAGAGACGGAACCGGUAUUUGCAACUAUGGAGACAAAUUGGUGACCGGCCUCGAUCACACAUCACCGGAGUUGACUCUCAACGUGUUUCAACGACACACCCCCCCGGAAGCUAUAGGGGUAGCUGGAUAGCGCUCUCUGGAAGGCGCUCUGUUAUUAGACGCAACGACAAAGGCCAAGACUUCUCUACAAGCCUAGUCGAGACACCGACUCGGUGGACUGGACAGCCCAUUAUAAUGUCGGGCAUCUUGCCUGAGACUUUGAUGGCUCCUGUUAGGGAAGCAGAUGAGGAUGACGGUGCAUCUUCCACAACUGGCGAUGAUCUAGGAAUGAUGACGUCCCCUUCGAAACGACCUCAGGAUCGGAGAGCUGAUCGGUUCUCGUCUUUGUCUUCGACAACUCCAAGAGCUCCGGUGCCAUUGCAUCUCGAGCAUGACUUUCAGGAACAAAGCAGCGAGCCCGAGUCAAUCCCUUCUACCUCUUUCUUGCGUCCUUCCGCGUCAAUAAAGCCUGUCGGGUAUCGUCCGAUGAAUGAGAGAUUGUUGGGGUCUCAACCAUCCUCUCAGUCACUUUCUCGGGGCGUUGCGAGUAAGUCCGUUGGGGGAAGGCCAUCAGGGUUGCGCCACGGUGUCAGUCAAUCGUCCCGACUCACACCUCCGACUAGUUCUGUACGAUUCCAGUCGCCUAAGUCAUUUUCUGUCACAACGCAACUGAGGGGAUUUGGUUUAAGCAAUCGAGCUACGCUGGCUGGGAAGAAUGCGCGAUCCGUGAUUUUUUUUGGUAGCAUGAAAGCCGUCCUGCCUGGUAAGCCGCAGUCGAGGCUCCAAGGUCUGGCCUCGGGCUACUGGGACGCCAGACACAUCAACGCAUACAUCACCGGUAGCGCUUUCGCAAUCCUCGAUGGAUCCUACGGGGUCCUCCAGACAAUCUACGAUGACGACCCGCAGCCCCUGGAAGCCAUCGCCUUCGACGAAGCCUCGGGCAAGAUAGCUACCUGCACUGCGACACAAGUCCGAGUCUACCGGCCGUUUGGAUCUCGCGAAGAUGCGCUGAAGUGGGCGCUGGAAUCGACCUUCGACAUCCCCCACCCGAACCCUGAAUCGACAUGCGCCUUAUCCUGGGGCGGCUCGGAGGAGCUUCUCGUCGCCACCAGCUCCCUCUCCCUGUACGGAACGAAAGCCGAACCGAAAUGUAUAUGGCAGAAGAAGCUCCCGAGCCCUGUCAAGUAUGCCUCGCUCUCCUACGAUUCCGCAUAUAUUGCCUCCGCUGGUCAACACGAUCGCCUCGUCAAGGUCUGGCGCCGGUUGACAUAUGGCUCCGAUGAAGUCCGAUUCGACUUGACAUACCUCCGUCACCCGGCCGUCGUGACCUCGGCCAGGUGGCGCAAGCCAUUCCACAUCGAACAGACCGCUGACAAUGUUCUGUAUACUAUUUGCCUCGACAAGUGUGUUCGCGUUUGGAUACCGACGGAGAGCCCUGACGGGAAGCAUUGGCAGCUUUGGGGCCAGGUUGAUAUUUGUGCGCCGUCUCGGGACUACCCUAACCCGCAAGAUAUGCGCUGGGCCUUCAUUAUUGAUGGUCGAGACUUCACGGCAUCUGUGGAGAAGGCAGUGGAAGACCGCAUGUCUGAUGAUCCCAGUACUGACGAAGUCGCACUUGAUCAUCUGGUCGCCAUUGCAAACAAAAACCCGGAGAUAUGUAUUGCCCUUGAUGGCCGAGGAAUGAUGUCUGCCUGGGCCCUUGAGAAUGUCUCCAGCAGCUCUGCUGGCACGCCAACCAUCUUCAAUGUCGCACAGGUCAAAUCCCCCCAUUUCGAGCUCCUCGGCCAGUUUCUGGCAUCCCAAAAGACCCCUCACACCGAAGUACAGACUUACUGUGACAGGAAGAGUGGUAAGGUUCACAUCUUGUUGCAUUCCUUCGAUGGAAGAAUAGGGGUCUUCACAGGGAGCGUUGCAGAUCUUUUUGAUCCGACAACGAAUGACAGGCGUCUUGCCCUACAUGCCGUUUGGUCCGGUCACUCAAGCUCCAUUACAAAAAUCGUGCGAAAUUUCAGUGGACGAGCUGUCGUUUCACGGACCCGAGAUGGCGAGAGCAUCGUAUGGAAGCACGUCUUGAAUCCACGAAAGAAUCCCGGCCUCGGCUUGUCUCGUGCCAGUGUCAUCCCAGAGAAGCGCCAUAUUCAUCGCAUAUGCGUUCUGCGGAAGGGCAGAUUCGUUGUCUUCCUCUGCCAAGAUACCAUCUCGCUUUGGGACUGUCGGUCAGCUCAGGCUCGCUCCAUUGCCGAAUGCGACUACCAAGCAUUGGGGAAGCCUCUGUGCCUCAUUCUUCUACCACGGCGACAAGUCAAAGAAUAUACUGUCGCACACAUUGCCACUGUGACGUCAGAGCGACAGGGAAUUGUGUGGGAAAUCAAGCUACCCCGAUACUUCGAUGACCCAAACACAACUACGGGGGCUAAUAUAAAGGAGUUCUGUCGGUUUGAGCUGGAAGAUGCCGAAGGUUUGGCCUAUGUUCUUCCAGUAGAUCCUGCAGGCUCAUCCCCGGUUGUCUCUGGGUUUCUGGACAUAUUCGCUCGUGACGUUGCCAUCUCGUAUAGUCAGACCGGCCGGGUUGACUUUUGGACCGCACGAGUCGAUCCCGAACAGAACAAGGUUGGGUGGCUGUCUACAUGUUCCACAGAAACUGGGCUGUCUGAACCUGCCCUGGUCAGCGGGAGCACCCUGAAGAAGGCCGCCUUGGUGAACUCGACAAGGUCACAGCUCACAAUAUGGGACGGAGGCAGCUCCAGACUUGAGUACGAAAACGACUUCAAGACACACAAUAUGAUCCGAGACCUCGAUUGGACAUCAACGCCUGACUCGCAAUCCAUUUUGGCCGUUGGCUUCCAAUAUCGAGUGAUUCUCCUGUCACAGAUGCGGUUUGAUUAUCUCAACAAGGGUCCGGCCUGGGCCCAGAUACGGGAGAUUAGUAUCCGUGAACUUACUCCGCAUCCUAUUGGCGACUCAACUUGGUUAGGUGAUGGCCAUUUGGUCAUUGGAGCAGGCAACCAGAUGUUUGUACAGGACAGACAGGUUGGUGUUGCCGAGUCUCAUCGGGCAGACCUUCGUCUACCGCCUCGCAAGGAUGGAGCAUGGGACAUAUUCGAGGCAGUUCAACGAUUCAACGGUCCUCUGCCGGUAUUCCACCCACAAUUUCUCAGUCAAUGCAUACUGUCGGGGAAGACUAUCUUAGUGAGACGGACUCUCGUGGCUCUUCAUAAGAUAUUGAAGUACCACAUUCAAGGCGAGACUAUUGACAACUACUUGGGAAUGGAUGAGGGGGAGUUUUAUGACCCGAUGCAAUCCCAUACUCGGGCCAUCGAGAAGGCCUCGGGUUCGUACCUAAGCGGUUCCGAAGAUGAUGGUGAAGACGAUGAUAUUUUUACCGAACAAACCGCGGUUGCCAUCAACGACAAGCUGACCAAGCUGGGAAUUCCCCAAUUGUCCGGCCACGAACAGAUCCAGCUGGCGGACAUCAUCGAAUGUGUAUCUCUAGUGGAGCGACAUCGUCGGUCCAUGGAUGAGAAUGGCGCUCGUUUCAUGCUCUUCUUCCGCCAGCAUGCACUUCGCAAGGGGAGAACCAACGAAAUGCAUCUGUCAUGGCGUGAGAUCAAUUGGGCAUAUCACUCGAACAGCCAAGACAUUUUGGUGGACUUUGUGUCUCGACAGAACCACGGGACCAUGCUGUGGGAACACGCUCGUGAAAGCGGCCUUUUUAUGUGGCUCUCUGAUGCGGCUGCCCUGAAAACUCAGUUUGAACUGAUUGCUCGGAAUGAGUAUACCAAGAGCGAUGUGAAGAACCCCGUGAACUGUAGCCUGUACUACCUUGCACUCCGCAAAAAGACAGUGCUUCAAGGUCUUUGGCGAAUGGCAAACUGGAACAAGGAACAAGGAGCGACCCAACGCCUAUUGUCGAACAACUUUGACGAUCCAAAGUGGAAGACAACGGCUCUUAAGAAUGCGUAUGCAUUGCUUAGCAAGCGGCGAUUUGAAUAUGCUGCUGCAUUCUUCCUCCUAGCCGACCACCUCCACGACGCCGUGGAGGUUUGUCUGAAGCAACUCAAGGACAUGCAACUCGCCAUAGCUAUAGCACGGGUUUAUGAAGGAGACAAUGGUCCAGUCUUGCGGAGAUUGCUUCAGGAUGAGGUGCUCCCACUGGCCGCCCAGGAAGGCAACCGCUGGCUUGCGUCCUGGGCAUUCUGGUUGUUAGGCCGCAAAGAUAUGGCGGUUCGGGCGCUGAUUAUGCCUGUCUACACUCUGCUGGAGACCCCCUGCUCACCUGAUAUCAAAUCACGGCUGUUCCUCACAGAUGAUCCGGCUCUAGUUGUUCUUUACUCACACCUGCGACAUCAGACGCUGCAAACGUUGCGGGGCGCAUCCAAAGUCACACCUAAGGUGGAGUGGGAGUUUGUCUUGCACAGCGCCAAACUCUACGACCGUAUGGGUUGCGAUCUGCUGGGCCUAGACCUGGUGCGGAACUGGGAGUUCCAGCAACCAGGGCUGCCCGGCUUUGGUGGAGAGGUCAACCCGCUGAAGCUGCUUCGCCGUCGCACGUCGCUUGUGGUGGCUGAUCUGCCAACGCCUUCUCUGCAGUUUGAGACACAGACCAGCGGCAAGAAGACAUCCCAGGCGCCGCCAACAACAUUCCAGGAGCCAGAUGCAAGCUCGCUGCUGGAUAGCUUUGGCUUCUAGGUUGGGGGCAUGUGGAAGAGUUGCGUAUAGUUGUUAGCAGAGUUGUGAAGAGUGUUCAGUUGUAGGGGCAACAACAAGGUACGAGGGAAAUCCUACACCCUGGCUGCUGCUGGAGGAUGGUGUACCUUGAUUGGAACUUGUACGGAGUUCCGGAUGAUAAGCGUAUAUUUGUACCAUUUUAUAUAUUCCUACUGUACAUAUCCGUCGGCUUGGCUGCCUCAGGAUGGACAAUGCCGUCUUGGAGGUUCCGGUGUACUUGUCUCAUGCGCUUGAUUUGGCUGCGACAAUGCGGCCCAAAUGGUGAUGAAUUAAUUUUAUGUUAUCGCGAGUUGUGCUGCUUUGUAGUCUUCUUCCG